UGCAAAAUAUUACGUGGCCCGGACAAAGAGAUUGUUGGGUGUGGAGUCUUGGUUUGUGACCCAGAUAUCACUGAUCAUAUUACUGGGUUAAGCAAGUACUGUAUCAUCACAAGCAAGGAAGUAAUUGAAAAAGAGAAUUUUCUUGAUGGUUCAAUUAACCGAGUAGAGUUCAGUAAAGAACCCAGAGAAAAGUGUUUUGAUCUGAAAGGUGUCUCGAAAUCUGUAAAAGAUGUUCCUUCUGGGCUCGUUUUGAUUUUUAUUGACCCCCGUCACCGGGAUUUAAAUCAUGGAUAUUUGAUAAAAAAGAAAUGCAGUAUUUUGAGUAAAUCACCCUUGCGCAUGACAAACCUUGAUCAACAUCGGCAUCUAUUUUGUUACGUUGCAAACCAAUGCUAUGAAAUUGUAAAAUCAAGUGGUGAGGAUGGAGAGUAUGUUUUGAAAGCUACCACAGUAGAAUCAGAACCAGACGAAAUACCAAAUGGCACAGUUAUAUUACAAGGUGCUAAUAAGGAUUUAAGAGCAGUGGGCGUUUUCAACGUGGUGGACAAGACAAACAUGGUAGUUUCUCCCAUCUGGUUGAAAUCAAGUAUAAGUGACAUUUUAGGUGAGCUUCAUUAA